UUUAUUUAACAAAAUAGCGAAAACUAUUAAAAAUGAGCGCCAAUAAUAAGUUUGAAUGGAACAAACAAUUAACUAAAAAAUUAAUACGUGUAAUGGAAGGUUAUCCUUGCCUUUAUGACUGCAAACAUAAAUUUUAUGCAAACCACCACGCCAGGAUGCAGGCCUUACUGGAAAUAAAAACCAAAUUAAUGGAAGAUAAUCCUGACGUUGUCAUAGAAAAUGAAGAAAUUAAACGAAAAAUAACAAAUUUAAGAAGUCAAUUAACGGCAGAGAUUAGAAAAAUAACAAAGAGUAAACAUAGCGGAAUAGAGACUGAUGAUGUCUAUGAACCUACAAUUUGGUGGUUUAAGGAAUUACAAUAUUUACUCCCAUAUUUACGGUCCAGAAAAUCUGAAAGCAGUUUAUCCCAAAGCCCGGAUGAAGGCAUGGAAGAUGACAGUUCAAAUUUGAAUGAACCUGAAGAAAUUAUACAUUCUGACACACUAUCAACUUCAAGUUUUACUAACAAAAAACGAGGCAAAGAUGAAUCUGAUGAAAGCUCCACAACGCCAACAGCCUCGAAAAAGCUAAAAAAAGCACAGCUCGAAGAUGAUGAAAUAAUCCAGGUUGAAAAUUUUAAAUGCAAAUUUAUUAGAUAACCAAAAAAAACCCAUCCAUAAAAAGUGAUAUAGAAGCAUAUUGUAAGUCACUUUGUGCGGAGUUAAAUACAAUAGAUGACUUCGAAUUACUUACCGAUGGUAAGCAUGAAAUAAAUAAUAUUUUAUACAAAUAUAAAAAGCAGUUUAUUAAUAAACAAAAAACAAAAGUGUCACAAGUAGAAUUUAUUGAAUUACAAUUGUAAUAAGGCAACUAGAAUUAAAUACAUGUUUGUAA